CGAAGCUUUCUGGGAAGCGCGGGCGGAUACUCAAGGAAGGACUACGAAUCCCAGCUAGCAGUGCGCGGCGCGAGGGCGCAGGAGGAGGAGUCCGGGGCCGCUCGGCCCCUCGGAGCCAGUUCUGAACUUUUCCUGGAGUGUGACAAGACAAUCAGUAAAAAAAAAAAAAAAAAACAAACAAAACCACAGUUGUAUCCACACUAAUGCAUUAUGCUUAGCCUCAAGUUGGAGUGACCAUUUCGGCAGCCAUGGGGAAGCGAUACUUCUGCGACUACUGCGACCGCUCCUUCCAGGACAACCUCCACAAUCGAAAGAAGCACCUGAACGGGCUGCAGCACCUCAAGGCCAAGAAGCUGUGGUACGACAUGUUCCGAGAUGCAGCCGCCAUCUUGCUGGACGAGCAGAACAAGCGGCCCUGCAGGAAGUUCCUGCUCACAGGCCAGUGUGACUUCGGCUCCAACUGCAGAUUUUCCCACAUGUCGGAGCGAGACCUGCAGGAGCUGAGCAUCCGGGUGGAGGAGGAGAGGCGGGCCAGGGAGUGGCCGCUGGACCCGCCUGAGCUCCCAGAGGGCCAUCUGGAGGACUGGCUGGAGAAGAGGGCCAAGCAGCUGAGCUCCGCUCCGAGCAGCAGGGCUGAACCCAUCAGAGCCACCGUCUUCCAGUACCCCAUGGGCUGGCCUCCGGUCCAGGAACUGCCCCCCUCCCUGCGGGCACCCCCACCUGGAGGGUGGCCCCUGCAGCCCAGAGUGCAGUGGGGCUAGCCCCUUCCCCUGCCUGCGCCCCCCACUCCCUGCUGGCUGUCAUCCGUCAGAAUAAAGACAUGGGUCAGGA